AUGUGGAUUCGGAAGCAUCUUUACUUCAAUGGUUUCAGUAAAAAUUAUUUGAAUUGGAUUUGGCAUGGCGAGGCUGCGGAGAAGGAUAGAUUAAAUUCGAGUGUCAACCAAGAGCCAACUGAUAAUUGUCAUGAUGAUUUUGAAACUGUUAAUUUGUAUGAGGCAGCGUAUGAUAACCAUACAGAAAAUCCAGAAGCAUUUAUGAAGUUUUUGGAGGAAGUAGAGAAGCCACUGUAUAAGGGAUGCAAACGUUACACAAAGUUGAGUGCACUUGUAAAACUAUACAAUACCAAAGCAAGGCAUGGGAUGAGUGAUGCUCUAUUUUCAGAUCUACUAGCAGAUUUUGGGGACAUGCUGCCAGAUAACCACAAUCUGCAAUCGUCAAUUUAUGAAGCAAAGAAGACAUUGAGUUGUUUGGCUUUGAGUCAUGAAAAGAUUCAUGCUUGUUCCAAUGAUUGCAUCCUUUAUAGGAAACAAUAUAAAGACUGCGUAAGCUGCCCGAAAUGUGGCUUAUCAAGAUGGAAGCUAACCAAGAAAAAUGUUGAGAAGAAAGGUGUUCUUGCCAAAGUGGUUUGGUAUUUCCCUCCCAUACCAAGAUUUAAGCGCAUGUUUAAAUCUUUAGAAACUUCCAGAAAUUUAACAUGGCAUACAGAUAGCACAAGAGUUGUUGGUCAGUUACGUCAUCCAGUUGAUUCACCGUCAUGGAAAUUGGUGGAUCAUAUGUGGCCCGACUUUGGAAGUGAGGCAAGAAAUAUUCGCCUGGCACUUGCAGCCAAUGGAAUUAAUCCUCACAGCAAUCUUAAUAGUCACUACAGUUGCUGGCCAAUCAUGCUGGCCACAUAUAAUUUGCCUCUAGACAUGUGCAUGAAAAGGAAAUUCAUCAUGCUAACGAUGCUCAUUUCAGGGCCGAAACAGCCUGGAAACGAUAUCGACGUCUACCUUGAGGUUCUGGUUGAAGAUUUGCAGUUGUUGUGGGAAGGAGUUGAUGGAGUUUAUGAUGCUUAUCGAAGGGAGGUUUUCACUCUUAAAGCAGUUCUUUUAUGGACCAUCAACGACUUUCCUGCAUAUGGUAACCUUAGUGGAUGUACUACACAUGGUUAUUACGCAUGCCCAAUAUGUGGUGAGGAUACUUAUGCAAAGCACUUACAAAAUGGGAAGAAAAUGUCAUUUGCUGGUCAUAGACGAUUCCUACCACGAUUUCAUCCAUAUCGGAGGCAAAUAAAGGAGUUUAAUGGCAUGGAGGAACUUGGUGAAGCAGGUAGGCCAUUAUCUGGAAUUAAGUUGUUUGACAAGCUUUCAGACAUAACAUGUGAGUUUGGAAAGAAAACAAGUGUGAAGGGGAAAAUAAGAAAAAAAGCAAAGGAGAAUAUUGUGGAAGACAUUGAAGAAGAAAAGUAUGUUGGAGCUACAAAUUUUAGUAAAUGUUGGAAGAAGAAGUCAAUUUUUUUCAAUCUUCCAUACUGGAAAUACCUACAUGUUAGGCAUUGUCUUGAUGUUAUGCACAUUGAGAAAAAUGUUUUCGAGUCUCUGAUUAAUACUUUGAUGAACAUCAAGGGAAAAACCAAAGACAAUGUGGCAGCUAGGUUGGACAUGGUUCAGAUGGGAAUUAGGCCUCAAUUGGCUCCUAAAAUUGGUGAGAAAAGAACAUAUCUACCUCCUGCAGCAUGCUCAUUCACAAAAAAUAAAAGAUAA